AUGACUGGGGAUUGUGUCACUCGACAAACACCACUUCUCUCCCGAAGGCCUAACAUCGUGAACGGAGAGAUACCGUUUUGUCUACCUUACAUAUGUGAUGAUAUGAGCAGAGCGGUAACGGAGCUGUCUACGCAAAGGGUGUCUGCAGAACGACGUGGAGUUAUAGAGAUACCAUCAGCGAACCUCAAUUGUCAGCUGAUUCCAGGACAGUCAGAAGGACAGGAAACAUGGGCACAACUUUUGAACCUUUCCAAUCGAGUGAAGCGAUUGUUUGAGCGGCUAUUCGAUCUGACCCCAAUGAAUCCAUUCCCUAGUGUCACUUUCCAAUCGUCUAUAAACACAGGAGGCAUUGUAGAAGAGCAUCCAUCCACUUCACAAGCCCAUGAAGGAGGCGAUACGCAGCUAAGCGAGACGCUCUAUGAAGUCCGACCAGCUAGGCCAAAGCUUCCUAAAUCUGGAGCAAAACCUCAGCUCACUGAGGCUGAGCUUUACACACGCAAUCCCAAUAUUGAAGUAAAAGAAGAAAGAAAGGAGCAAGAAGGGCAAUUAAUGCAGGGAAAGAACAGCAUAGAAGUCACACAUGUACCGUAUGUAUGUACUAAGUACUUACGUGUUCUGUAUAUAUGUGUACAGGAAGUAUUACGUUUUACUUUUGCAUAUAAAUAUGAUGCAGCAUUUUCACUGCCACCUAGACAUAUUCAUUGGAAAGGGGGUACGACAAAGCGAUACCAUGUCGCCGAAGCUGUUUACGGCUGCACUACAAAGGAUCAUGGAAUCAAUUGCUUGGGGAAAAUAGGGGAAAAGGUGUUGAUGGAAGAUUUUUCUCGAACCUUCGUUUUGCUGAUGAUAUCGUUCUCUUUUCGAGAAGAACAAAUGAGGCAGAGACGAUGCUCAAGAAAUUGA